UCCUCGUCAUUUGCCUUUUGCAAUAAUAAUCCAGCGAAAAUUAAGUGUAAGAAAUAUACAGUGAUAUUAGUUUUGGGGAGCGAUUUCGGAAAGGAUUCUCUUGAUUUCCGCCCAUCGCAGCACGGACGCCGACGUCUAUCUCAGCUGAUAACUGGACUUUUCCGGACGAUAUAAUUAUAAUUUUUAUCUUUAGUGAAAGGACAGCAUGUUGCUGCGAACGUCGUGGCUGAUUGUCGUCAUUCUCGUAGCCGGCGUCCAGCUGGUCAACAGCUGGGAUCCCGCCGGCAACCCCCCGCCGACAACGGCGCCCAGCGUCAACGGUAGCGCCAGCAGCGGCUUCUGUCCGGAUUUUGUCUCGUGCGCCGUGGGCAGCAUCGUCAACUGUCCGCUCGCCUGCGACGCCGUCAACAACCCGUGUAAACCGUCGCAGUUGUGCUGCACCGGCUUCUGCGGCUGCAAGAUCUGUCGCGACCCCGUCGACGUGGCCCCGCCCAAACCGAAGGCCGGCAGUUGUCCGCCCAGCAAGCCGCAGCACGACUCAGGAUCUAGUUGCGUGCAGAGGUGUGGCGGGGACAGUUUCUGCUCGGACAACCUCAAGUGCUGCGAGGACGGUUGUAUCACGGAGUGCGUCAUGCCGCUCGGGACACCGCAAGCCGCCUCAUGAAGGCGGAGACAUCCUUUCCCUUUUUUCUAACAUUCCCGCUGAUCCACCGUCGAUUUGCGUCAUACUAUGCGUCGUCGGCUGAUUUUCCAUACAACUCACUAACA